UGUGAGCGUCUCGGUCCCGUUCCUCCACACAUUGACAGAAACAGAAGAAGACGUGCUGCAGUUUUUCUGAUUGAUGAUCUGAGCUCUCCGACUCUACUAAUCAUCUUUACAUUCAAAUAUUUCUGACAGGGUUUUACCUCCACAGUUCCAUCUGAUCCGUUGUGGUGUAUUUCAGGUGCUUAACUGUGUUCUGCUGGAAAGAUCAAGGCACAUGUGCCGUCCUGCUGCAAGUCUUCUUUUGCUGUCCUCUUUCCUACACAUCUUUUGUUUUACCUUUAAAAGAACAUCAAAAGAUGAAUUCAGAAGAAAUUAAAUGUGAGAAUCUGGAACCUACAGAAAGCUUCAGUAGUCAGCAAAGUUCAUCUGAUACUUUUAACACCAACACCUCUCAGAGCAAAAAGAAAAUACACAGCUGCUCUCAGUGCGGGAAAAGUUUCAGUCAGAAGAGUUAUCUCACAACCCACCAGCGGAUUCACACCGGAGAAAGGCCGUAUGAGUGUUCACACUGUGGGAAAUCUUUCAACCUGAGCAGUAUUCUCAGAAAACACCUGCGGACUCACACAGGAGAGAAACCGUAUCAGUGCUCACAGUGUGGGAAGUGUUUCAGCCUCAGGAACACUCUGAAAAGACACCAGCGAAUCCACACAGGAGAGAAGCCGUAUCAGUGCUCACAGUGUGGAAAGAGUUUCACUGAGAGAGGUAGUCUCAGACAACAUCAGCGAAUUCACACAGGCGAGAAGCCGUACGGCUGCCCAGAGUGCGGGAAAACAUUUUCAGUCCAGGGUAGUCUCCAGCAUCACCAGCGCAUUCACACUAAAGAUAAACCAUAUCAAUGUUCAGAAUGUGGGAAGACUUUUAGAAAAGCAGCCCAUCUCCAAGCACACCAACAUGUUCACUCUGGAGAGAAGCCAUUUUAUUGUUCAGUAUGUUGGAAAGGUUUUAGUAGGCACGGUUGUUUCCUGCGACAUCAGCUCAUUCACACAGGAGAGAAGCCGUAUCAGUGUCCCCAGUGUGGUAGACGUUUUAGGAGGCGUUGUCAUUUACAGCGUCACCAACACCUACACACUGACGAUAAACCAUUUCAUUGUUUAGAAUGUGGGAGGAGUUUUAGAGUAGAACCUGAUCUCCAAACACAUCAACAUGCUCACACAAGAGAGAAGCCAUAUCAGUGCUCACUGUGUGGGAAAAGGUUUAGGAACCGUAGUCAUUUUCAACGACACCAGCGCGUUCACUCCUCAGAGAAUAAUGAAAUUCACCACUGCUCACAAUGUGGGAAGAUUUUCAGUCAGAAGAGCACUCUCAAAGAACACCAGCAAAUUCACACAGGCGAGAAACCGUAUCAAUGUUCUCAGUGCGGGAAACGCUUCAAUCAAAAGAGUGCUCUAAAAAAACACCAGUGUACUCACUCUGGACACAAGCCGUAUCACUGCACAAACUGUGAAAAAAGUUUCAGCCAGAUGAGUACUCUCAAAGAACACCAGCGGAUUCACACAGGAGAAAAGCCAUAUAGAUGUUUACAGUGUGGGAAAAGUUUCAGUCAAAAUGGGAAUCUCAGAAAACACCAGCGGAUUCACUCUGGAGAGAAGCCAUAUCAGUGCUCACAGUGCGGAAAGAGCUUCAUUAGCCAGAGUGACCUCCAGCGACACCAACGCAUUCACUCAGGGGAGAAGCUGUAUCAGUGUUUGCAGUGUGAGAAAAGUUUUAUUGAGAGCGGUAAUCUUAUAAAGCACCAGCGAGUUCACACAGGAGAGAAACCGUAUCACUGCUCACACUGUGGGAAGUGUUUUACACAAAAGAGUAACCUCCAAAAACACCUGCGCAUUCACACAGGAGAUAAACCCUAUUACUGCUUAGAAUGCGGAAAGAGUUUUACUCAAGGAACCGAUCUCCAAAUACACCAGCGCGUUCACACAGGGGAGAAGCCGUAUCACUGCUCACUGUGUGGGAAAAAUUUUACCAGCCAGAGCAAUCUUUUGCGCCAUCGACGCAUUCACACAGGAGAGAAGCCGUAUCAGUGCUCGCAGUGUGAGAAGAGUUUUAUUGAGAGAGGUAUUCUCAUACAGCACCUGCGAAUUCACACAGGAGAAAAACCUUAUCAGUGCUCACAGUGUGGAAUGAGUUUCACACAAAGGGGUAAUCUCCGAAAACACCUACACGUUCACACUGGGGAAAAGCCGUACAAGUGCUUAGAAUGUGGGAAAAGUUUUAUACAGGGAGCUGAUCUCCAAGUUCACCAACACAUUCACACAGGGGAGAAGCCCUAUUACUGUUCAGCAUGUGGGAAGAGUUUUACUAGACAUAGCAGUUUCCAACGACAUCAGCGCAUUCACACUGGAGAGAAACCGCAUCAUUGCUUGGAUUGUGGGAAGAGUUUCGUUGAGAAAAGUAAGCUCCUAAAACACCAAAGAAUUCAUACAGUGGAGAAUUUUAGUCAACAUCGUAAUCCACAUGAACAUGUUCACACCACAGAGAUCGAGGACAUUCCACAGUACUAAUCAUGGGUCAAAUGGAACCUUUAAAAGGUUUUAUACAUUCUUUAUACAUUGCAUGUUCCUUCUUUGCUGGAGGAGGUUAUGGGGGUUUAUCUUUAUGAAAUUAUGAAACUUCAUACAGUGUGGAAAUGAACAGUGUAAGUAUUCCAAAGCAUUUCAACUUCACUAAUCAAAUGACCACAUGUAUUUUAUAUUUUAUUCUUAUUUCAUGGGCACUUUUUUUGAAAGUAUUAAUAGUGUAAAACUGGCAAUAUCAAUUCUAUACUUUAAUUGUUGCAAUUCCAAGACGGAAUGCUCUAAUAGUUGUUACACAUUUAGAGCACUGUGGACUGAAAGAAAUUAUAUACAUUAAAAAGUGGAAUUUGGUUAGGUAUGUGAAUAUUUGUUUAGAAAUAAUUGUUGAAUAAAAUGUCCACCCCCCUUUACUGCCCCACCCCCAUGUCUGAGAAGCCAAUUUUUUGUGAACCUAAUUUAGGAAAGGUCAAAUACUGUGCCCUUAUUUCCAUAGUGAGAUGAACAUUUGGGCUAACCCUCUGGCCUUUUUCUCUUUUUCAUGUUUCUCAUUCCUCUCAACUAAAUAAUAUACACUUUUGGUCUUUGAUUAAAAUAAAGCAGUAGUUUUUGAAACAUUCCUCAAAUGCCACACAGCCAAAUGAAACAAUGAUGUGAAUUCUCAAUUCAUUGCAUGUCACUUUUUAUUAAAACCUACAACUUAUCAGAUUUAUUACUUUCAACAAUGAGGUAUCUUCAAUUAUCAAAAAAUUUGUGGAUUUUUUAAUUUCUUGUAAGCUUACGCACACAAACACACUUUAAAAGGGCUUAGGACCGUUUUAAGUGACACAGAGGAACAUUCACACUACCUGGAUGUUUCAGGUAAACAUGCUCUUGACAUUUGAGAUACUACAAGAAAUAAAUAAGACGACCUUCCUGUCCUGAUUUAGGACAAGCGUCAUAAAUUAAUGCUUGUUGCUUUUUUUUAAGAGCUUGACAAAUUGACCAACUGUAAGUAUAAACUGUUGCACAACAUAUGCAUAGAUGUGCUACAUACU